AUUAUUACACAUUGCUUCUAAGAGACUAUAAAAGCAAGAACAAACAGUCAGCGCAACGGAGAAAAAAGUGACUGGCAUUUCAUCUCAGAAAAAUGCAUCCCUUCUUGUUGCUGAUCACUCUGUUCACCUUUUCUCUCGUAAAGGCACAAGCUGUUCCAUCUGGAAAGGAAGUGACCAAGCGGCAAGCAGAGAGCAGUGACAGCAGUGACAGCAAUGAAGGAUUUCCUCCAUUCAUUGAGCUACUGAGAGGGAGAGACGGACGAGAUGGUCGAGAUGGAGAGCCUGGACCUAAGGGAUCUCCUGGUGCCACAGGAGAGAAAGGAGAUACUGGACCUCAGGGACCUUCGGGACCCAGCAGUGGAGGAGUCACAUACAUCAGGUGGGGUCGAACCACCUGCCCCAACACAACUGGAACUGAACUAGUCUACAAAGGUUGGGCUGCUGGGAGUUACUUCUCACAUACUGGUGGAGGCAGCAACUACCAAUGUGUCACCGAAGAACCACAGAACCUUGCUUUCGGUCCUGGCACUGUGAACAGUUCUUACAUGUAUGGUGUUGAAUAUAGAACAUAUGGAAAUAUCCCACCUGAACAGCGUCACCUGAAUCGUCAUGAUGUUCCGUGUGCUGUUUGCUAUGUGUCUACCCGAGUGGCUCACCUCAUGAUCCCAGGAAGAUACACUUGUCCUCCGAGCUGGACUCGCGAGUACUAUGGCUACCUCAUGGCUGAACGCUACAGCCACCACAGAUCAACAUUUGAGUGUGUGGAUGCAUCACCUGAGGCUGUAGUCGGUGGACAUGCUGAUGAUGAUGGAGCUAAGUUUUAUCACGUGGAGCCUCGAUGUGGAAGUCUACGCUGCCCUCCUUAUAAAGAAGAGAAAGAGAUGACAUGUGCAGUGUGCACCCGCUGAUUAAAAUUUUUGCUAAAGAAAAUCCACAUAACUUUUGGUAGAUACUAAUAUGUGCCAUGAUAGUAAAUUAUAUUGAAACUGAUAUUUAGUUGUGCUUUGUGCUUCUUCUUUGAUUA